AUUGGCGAUAGUGGUGAAUAUAUAUGUAUAAGAUAGUGGAUAGUAUUUUUUAUUAGCAGUAUACGUCACGGUAUACUGGUUCAUAUAUUACUAAAAGUGUUGAUAACACUUUCAGUAAGCAUAAAAAAUUCAGAAUAGUAAUGAAUUUUCCAUCUAUGGGGUUUCUGGCUUGUGAAACAUUGUUUAUGUUUCAAAAGUUGUACAAUUUGGUCGCAUCGUGAAUGUAUGUGUUGUGCUGAUCAAGAAUCAAUUUAUUUAUAAAAAGACUAAAAAAUGGAAGAUACAAGCAAAAUGCGUAGUUGUAUAGAAUUAUACAAAUCCAUGCCAGAACUGUGGGACUGCAAAAAUGAAAAUUAUAAAAAUAAAAAUAUUCGCAAUAAGAGAUAUAAUAAACUGUUAGUUGAAUAUAAAAAAGUGAAAAAAGAUAGUACACUUGAUGAAUUAAAGAAGAAAAUCGCUAAUAUGCGUACGUGCUAUCGCCGUGAAUUAAAGAAAGUCCUUAGAAGCCAAAGGUCUGGGACAGAUGACAUUUAUGUAUCCAAUUUAUGGUACUUUGACUUAUUCGAUUUUUUACGAGAUGUGGAAAUGCCAGGUCGAUCAAGUUUAAGUUCAGAUGAAGAAGAAAGUGGUAUUAUAAAUGUGAAAAAGAUGAAGAUGUCCAAGAAAUCAACAACAGCCGACACAAGAAUUGAAUUACUUAAGAAAGCGGUCGAUCAUUUAGAGUCAUCUGCAAAAAUUACAAAAGUCGAAGACGAAGCUAAUACUUAUGCGAAUGGAUGGGCUUACAUGUAUAAGCAAAUGAAUCCAAAUCAACAACUAUUUGCCAAACGAGCGAUCGAGGAAAUUUUAAUAUUGGGACGUUUCAACAAAUUAAAUUUUGAUACUGUACAAUGUAUUACCAAUCAAUCGGCUAAUUCUCUUACUACAAUUUCAAGAGAUACUACACCAUGUUCUACCCGUUCGAUGCCUGUAAAUUUUUAUGAAGACUCUGUCCAUUUUCCAAAGAAUGAAACAUGAACUAAAAGAAAUAAUCUUUCUAUGUAUAUAAAUAAAUAAACAUUACUCUAUUCGUAA